AUGAAUCCCUUCCUCGCCCUCUUUCCGCUGUGCUUCCUGCUGCUGGCGGUGGAGUCCCAGAGGCAGGACAGUCCUGGUGCGGUCCAGGCACCUGCCCGAACGGCCGAGCCAGAGCGGGCGAACAAGAAGGACAAGCGAGGCCUGUUCGGCGCCGUGGUCGGCUACGAGCCCUAUGCGCCCCACGCGGCGCUGCCCGCGGUGCCCGUCGCCUACGGAGCCGUGGACGCCUACGGAGCGUACGGCACGUACGGCACGUCCCCCUACGCGUACGGACCCUACAAGACUGCGGUGGCUGCGCCGUAUGCAACGCCCAUCGGCAAGGUGGCCUAUGCUCCGUUUGCGGUGCCUGCAUACGGUGCCUACGCAGACGGCGCCUACCCCAAACAGGUCGCCGGAUACGCUCCAGCCACGUACGGCGCUCCAUACGCCCCGUACGGCUACGUUGCAGAGGCCUACCCUGCUCAGUAUGGGGUGCCUUACGGCGCGGUGCCUGCUGCUCACGGGGCCUACGCUUAUUGA